AUGACACAGGAAACCUUCAAAUACAGCACAGUGACUGGGUACUUCCUUCAGGAUGAGCCAUCCACUGAUCCAGACACAUUCGACUAUGUGGCAUCGAAUUUCGGUCUCAUAGACAGAGAAUACGACCUACAACCAAGUUCCCUCGAGAGCCUUACCAAAUGGGAGAAGUUUAGAGAGAAAUUCGAGCACCUGAAUGAUUUCCCGGACUCAGACAGGUCCGAUGUCCAGUAUAAAGUUCUCUUCCUGGGACGACACGGCGAAGGCGUCCACAACGUCGCCGAAAGACGUUAUGGAACCAAAGCUUGGGACGACUACUGGUCACUCCUGGAUGGAGAUGAACACGGCACAUGGGUGGAUGCACGCCUAACAGAGCUGGGCAUCUCUCAAGCCAAGACAGCGCACGACGCGUGGAAAAAGCAGAUCGAGCAUAAGAUCCCUUCGCCGCAAUCCUACUACGUCAGCCCGUUGAAUCGGUGUUGCAAGACGGCGCAAGUCACCUUCGAGGGGCUUGACAUGCCGCUCACGAACCCCUUCAGACCGGUCAUUAAGGAGCUUCUACGAGAAACAAUAGGUUUGCACACCUGUGACAGUCGGUCCAAGGCAUCUGCCAUCGCAGCCGAGUUUCCCGAAUACCAAUUCGAGCCUGGCUUCUCAGAAGACGACUUGCUGUAUGACCCGAAGACGCGAGAGUCUGAUGAGGACCGGACUCGGCGACUGCGAACUCUACUGGACGAUAUUUUUACCAACGACGAAAAUGUUUUCAUCUCGCUGACGGCGCAUUCGGGUGCCAUUACCAGUAUUCUGGAAGUUGUUGGCCAUCGCAAGUUUCCAUUACAGACUGGUGCGAUGAUUCCUGUCGUUGUGAGAGCGGAAAAGACGGAAAUCUUAAGAAGUUGA